AUGCGUAUCUCAACCCUCUUUACGGCCGCUUCCCUCUUCUUGAUCGGCUCAUACAGCCUGCCUCGACCCGAGGACUUAGAGCCGUCAAGGACGAUCGAGGACCGCGAGGCCCACGUUGCUCCAGGUGCUCCAUUUGCCAGCCAUAUUGGAGGCGCGGAGUGGUGGAAAGAUCGCAAGUCGGGCGGUGAAACCCCGGCUUCGAAUGGCACGAAGUUAAAGGAACGUGAGGCACAUCACGAGAGGCCAAUCAGCGAACCUAGCGGACUACCCGAGUUUUUCAAACACAAGGUUGGUGGCUCCGGCACUCCGAACACCAAUGAUACCAAAAUCAAGGAACGUGAGGCACAUCACGAGAGGCCAACCAGCGAACCUAGCGGACUACCCGAGUUCUUCGAACACAGAGUAGGUGGCUCCGACACUCCGAGCACCAACGGUACCAAAAUCAAGGAACGUGAAGUACCACCGGAUGGCAUGACAUGGAUGGAAUUCAUGAAGCACAAGAAGCACAAGGGCGGGUCUCCGUCUCAUGGUGCCUUUGUGCCUUUGAGCACUGGUACUUCAUCCAAGGAACUUUCUCGAUUGUCCACCAGCGGCACUAAGACUGGUGGGACUAACAGCACGAAAGUGAGGAUGAUGAAGUUCCGCGGUUAG